ACUUCGAUAUUCUCUAGAUUAUGGCGAAUAUGUUAUAUUGGUCUAUCUGAAAAAAGACGCGAGAAUUUAUAGAUUGAUUUUCUGGGUGUUGAUUGGACCUGACAAAGGGUACAACCAACAGGGUAUCGUAAACAGAAUAAAUUACAAUUACUAUUGGAUUGGUUCUUGGUGUAAUUUAAUAAAUUAGUUGUCAUUUAAGCAACGAUAUCAAGAUGGCUACGCUGGAAGACAAAAUUCUAGGCGAAAAACUACAGUAUUAUUAUAGCAGCAGCGAAGGGGAAAGUGACGAUGAACAUCCCGGAUCGAAUAAUAAAGGCAAAUCCGAGUCCUUGAAAAUUAUACCAGAAAACAAAAUCAUGGGACAAUCUCACUGGACUGGAAGUACCACAAAUACUGGUCCAAAAGGAGUAAUCAAAGAUUGGCAACGGUUCAAGCAGCUAGAGACCGAAAAACGAGAGAGUGAAGAACGAGAAAAAAUGGUGCUUAUCAAAAAGCUGAGUAUCUCAGCUCGUUCAACUGCGGAAGAUUCUAAGGCUAAAGAACAGGAACAAUUUGAUGAAGAAUUAGCGGAGUUAAUGAGUGAUGAUUUUCUUCUACAAUACCAAAAGAAGCGUAUGGCAGAGAUGCUUUCUGUGGCUGGAAAGCUGCCAACUUUCGGCACUCUUGUGGACAUUCCAAAUGGGGAUGACUUUCUCCAAUCGGUUGAUGAGGAGCAAAAAACAGUGACAAUUGUUAUUCAUAUCUACGACCGUUAUGAUACAGCAUGUAAAAACAUGAAUAAAGCCCUCAGCGAACUUGCUCCAGAAUACAAGAAUGUUAAAUUUUGUAAAUUUAUAAGCACAGCAGCAGGACUAAGCAUGUUUUUUAAAUCUUACGGAGUUCCUGCGCUGCUGGUGUACAAAGCAGGGCAAAUGAUUGGUAAUUUUGUUAGAGUUACCGAUGAUCUGAGUGAUGAAUUCAGCAGCUCUGAAGUGGAAGGUUUUCUUAUCGAGGCCGGUAUGUUGCCGGAUAAAUCGUGCAUUCCGGCGAUUAUUACUGGAUUACCUAGUAGUUCUAAUUAAUAAACUGACAUGUCAAGAUAAAAAAUCUAACAGCUUCACUAUCAACAGUUUUGUUUUGUUAACGAACUGUAGUUCGUGCUUGGCACCAAUAUCAAACAGUAUGUGUAAUAAUA